AUGGAAUUGGUAGGGGAAAUGGCUGGAGCAGAGGGUCUAAGAGGAUUGGAGCAGCAGGAAGAGGCUACAGGUGAGGCCUGUCUCAAAUACACUCUUCAUGGCAAAAGUUAUGAGGAAAAGGUGACAUUUUCUCUACAACCCAAGACUGACGACAACCUCACUGUUCAUCGUCUUGCUGCAAAGUCCAUGAUCCAGUCCAAAGACUUUGGCUUCAGAGAGACAACACUGGUACUUAGAAGAGAUGUGUUGAGCAUCAGUUUAGACUCUGGAGUCAUGAGCUCCUUCACAGCCUUCGUUGCCAUCAACAAGGAGCUCAAUGAGCCAGUCCAUGGGCCCCUGUUUCAUAGGGAGAUUCCAAGGCCGAUUCUCUUUGGAGGUUCCUCUACAAGGCCAAGACAUUCUUCUGAUGGUUACCCCAAGAUUUUACCCUGCUCCAGUGCCCCUGUAUCUCAGCCUCCAUGGAGCAUACACACAGGUUUCUGUGCAGUCAUGGCACAAAUGCCUCAUGGCGCAGCACCUCAGCCUUAUUAUAGCCAGAGCACGAAAUGCGUGAUUCACACAGAUACUCGCCCGGAGCUGCCCAAAAUACUCAGAUUGCACGCUUGCUCACAACAAGGGAGUAUAGAGCAUACUGUUGCCCAGCUGAUCCUUCUCCAAAAUGCAAAUGGUUCCUGGGAUAUGAAUGAGGAUUUAGCCAAGGUUCUAGGUGUUAGCUUGGAAGACAUAACGGCUGCACACCCUACUGAGGUACUGGAACCAUCAGCUUGGGCUACAAUGCUGGCUGUGAUCUGGCUGCACGCCAAUGGCAAAGAGUUGAAGUGUGAGUGGAGCCUUCUGGAAAGAAAGGCUGUGGUGUGGCUCCACAACAAUGCAGUCCGUGGCUUCACCAAUCUUAUGCGUACUGCCAAUAACUUGUUGAAGACAUCUGUGAAAUCCUCGGUCUUCACUUUCAAAGACUGAUGCCCAGGAGAAGAAACUCUGUCUUUCUGCCUCCUGCCAAGUCCUUCACCUUCUCUUCUGCUAAGAUGAAUUUUUGUCUUGAGUAUUUUAUGGCCCGUGUCUUACUAUAAAAGUGAAGGAUGAGCAUACUGCUUUGACUGUCUGUGUUCUAGCUCCCUCUGGAUAUAAGUGUCAGUGUCUGUGUGUCCCCUCUGACAAGCGCUGAUAGCCAUAGAAAUUAUUUCCUAUUCUGGAGUAGUUGAGAACAUGUGCAUGUAGUGAUGUUUCUCUCUGCUUUUCAAAACAGCUUACACUGUGGUCUAGGGACUGUGGCUCUGCUGCUAGAGAAUGCCUGGAUUAAAUAACUUUCUUCUUUAUCCCUUUCCUGCUCCCCUUUUAUUUUAUCUGCUUAUAUAUGUAGUCAAAGAUGAUUUGAGCUUUCCCAUGCUUGGAUGAAGUUGGAGAUAAAUUGAAAGCCAGCUUCAGGGGCAAUGUAACUUCAAGAUCACAAAGAUUCAAGGUUUACAUUUUGCCCAUUGUUACCACUGGGAACAUUCUUGAUGUCCCCUUAUUGUUACUCUGUGCUCCAUACCUUUCUUUUUCCUGCCUAAGUGAUUUGAGUUGAAUCAUAUUUGUAAAUAGAUGUCCAUCCCUAAUCAUUGAUCAUCCUGAAAGAAUUUGGUAAUGAAGUUGUUAGAGCUAGCUUUAACCCACUAGGUCCAUGAGCCUGGUUGUGGCCUUAUGUACACAGAAUUAAUGUAGGUUGUGCUGAGACCUGAAUAUAGUUUUGUUUUCAGCCCAUGAAGAGGGCAGUUCCGCUGAUCUCUCAAACACUUACUUUUCACAUACCCUCUCCUGGUAAAUGAACUUACUCCCCCAGAUUACUGCUUUACCAAUAUUAAAAUGUCUAUUUGAACUGUGA